GAUGCUUGCAGUUCUUAGAGUCACCUUUAGGUGGCAAUAACAACACUUUGGAAUGAAGCACCGGCAGACACCACAGACGAAGACCACACAGAGGCUUUAUUCAACAGACAUGAUCGGAACCACUCCUGAGGCGUUUCAACAUAGCGAAAAGGUUCGGUGAAAGGCUCGGGCUGCCUCCGCUGUGUAGGCACCAUGCUGAACGUCCCGGCCCAGUCGUUCCCGGCCCCCGGCUCUCAGCAGAGGGUCGGCCCGUCCGAGCCGUCCGGCUCCGGGAGAAACAAGGUGGUGUUGAAGCCCGGACACAGCCUGAUGGACUGGAUCCGGUUUGCAAAGAGUGGAAAAGACUUGACUGGACUGAGGGGCCGCCUGAUAGAAGUGAGCCCGGAAGAACUGAAGAAACACAACAGCAGAGAUGACUGCUGGACCUGUAUACGAGGCAUGGUGUACAACGUAACUCCAUACAUGGACUAUCACCCUGGAGGGGGAGAUGAGCUGAUGAAGGCUGCUGGAUUAGAUGGCACUGACCUCUUUGACCAGGUCCAUCGCUGGGUCAACUAUGAGUCUAUGUUAAAAGAGUGUCUUGUUGGCAGGAUGGCACUGAAGACCACAGCAACUGUUACAGACAUGCCUCCUCCACUGAUGGGCCUUGCUCCACCCGCUUCAGGAGCUCCUCCACCAAUCAAAGAUUCUCGGCCUCGAUACGACUGGUUCCAAACUGAUGCAGCCGUCCAUUUGGUUAUAUACACCAGGAGAAAGAUUCCCAGCUCCGGCUGUAUGACGGCGGACCUGAGGGAAGACCUGCUCCGAGUAGAGAUCCUGCUUGGGAAAAUGUCCUACAUGUUAAAUUUGAGUCUGGCUCAUGAAGUGGAUGCAAACAUCUCUGUCCACACGGCCUUCUCUGUGGGGAAGAUCCAGCUCACCAUGCGUAAACUGACCAAAGGAAAAUGGGGAACUUUAGGGCAACCUUUGGAACACCACAACACGUUUCUUUGGAAAAAAGACAGAGCUAUCUUCUAUCGAGAUUGUGUGCUGGUGUCCAAGAUGGAGGUGAACCAUAACACUCAAUUGUUCAGGCUCCAGUUUCCACAGGGGACUAUUAUGCAUGUUCCUGUUGGAAAACACAUUUACCUCAAAGCCUGCAUUAAAGGAAAACAAAGCUGCUCUUUUUUAACCGCCGCAAGGAAGACAUUUUAUGGCACAAUGAACUGGAUGAGCUUGCAGCUGAUGAUGAAAGGUUCCAGGUGGAGUAUGUCCUCUCUGAGCCCCAGGGUCUGUGCAGCAACAGCAGAAAAGGUGGUGUGGACGACGAUGUGCUGAGAGAGUUCCUGGUCAGACCGCAUGGAUCCAGAUGCUUGGUUUGUGUGUGCGGUCCCACAGCCUUCACCGAGCUCACAGUACGGUUGCUGAAGCAGCUGGGCUUUAGUGAAGAGGAGCUCCACGCCUUCCAGGGUUGACCACUUCAUCAGCUUCAUGCCUGUCAAGACUGUUUUCUAUUUCAAGAGGGGGGGCUCAAAUCUAUUUGCUUUGGUGGCAGCAACGCAGCAUGGAUGAGAUGCUGAAGAACCCAGAGAUGCACAGCUUUUAUUGAAGCUUUUUAUUGGUGGACAGACGUGUAAAUAAAAGCAGAAUUCACGGUUCUCUUCAUAUAAACCAAGUGCAGCCAAGUCUGUCGGACACAGUGAGGUUCUGCUGGGCAGUCCAAGCACUCAAUCCAUAGGACACUUCAGAACCAGAGAUGAUUGGUGCCUGGACGGUUCUGAAGAAGAGUAAAACGUUCUGCUCUGUCCUGCAGGUCCAUUCUGGGGGAUUUUCACAUGUACUUUCAGAACUACAAAUAAAGCUUUCUUCCAACUAUUGUA